AUGGCGUUCGUUUCUCUCUCGUCCCGCCCUGCUGCUGGCAGGUGGAAGGACACAGGCAAUCGCAUGAGAGCCAAGGAGCCUGGAGGGUGGUGGACGGGGUAUGUGCUGCUGGUGAACACCCACCGCUGGCUCAACGAAUCCGUUACUAACCGAUUCUCCUGGUGGCACCACGUGACUCUUAUUGCGCCAGACAACAUGGCGAAAGCCAGCAAGGGGCUGGUGCUGUUGUUCGUUGGGGCGGGGUGGACGGACCAUGGCGGGGACGACUGGAGCUACCACAUCCCCAAAGACUCCGACGUCUUCAUCCGCGUUGCUGCUCCGCUGGUGGUGGAUCUGGGCAUGCUGGGCGUCAUGCUGCACCAGCAGCCCAUGAUGCCCAUCACCUUCCAUGUCUCCCCGCCUGGCGUCAGCCACAGCAUGAGCCAAGAGCUGCUAGAGGAGGAAAUCACAGCAUUCACUCUGGGCAUGGCACUGCACGACCCCAGCACGCCCGAGUGGUCCAUCUACAUGCCCAUGGCCAAGUCCAUCGUCCGCGCCAUGGAUGCCACCCAGCUCGCUGCAAGACAGCUGCUGCCCCAUGUGCCGGUGGAGGGCUUCGUGAGUGUGGGAGUGAGCAAGCGCGCGUGCAUGGCUUGGCUCUCUGCCGCGCUCGAUAAACACCUGCUCGACUCCCUGGGCGCCGUGCCCAUCCUGGGGCGGUUCUAUGUGGACUACAACCUCACCCGCUUCCUGCACUCGCCACAGCUGCACCACAUAUUGAGCUACACGGACCCGUACUUCUUCCGGGAGCGCCUCAGCAUGCCCAAGCUGCUCAUCGCCGCCUCCAACGACGAGUUCUUCUCCAUGGAUGACUCGUACUUCUAUUUCAACGACCUGCCACCGCCCACGCUGUUCAAGAUGGUGGCCAACCUGGACCACAUGGUCAUCCAGAAGUCCUACUGGGACUGGGCGCACAAGGCCGGGCAGCAAGCGGCGGGACUUCAGGUUCAUUGUCAAGCAGGGGCUCACCGGGUG